AUCAUGUUCUGUGGUAAACAUGUUCCACACUUCUAAUGUGGCACUUCUAAUGUGGCACUCUUUAUAAUCUGCUAUAUCCUUUUUUUAUGAUAAUCUGCGCUCAAAAGAGCCUCUUUUGUAUGUUUAAAAUGUGUGAUAAAAUUGAUGCGAAAGAAGUUCUAAUGUAUUUAAAUGAAUUAGGGUACCAAAAUAUCAACGCCAUUCAGCUAAAAGAUUUUUUAAAAGAUUUAAAAAAAAUCAUAAAAUAUGAAAAGAUACAAAAAAGUACAAAUCAAGACCACACAACGUAUCAGGAGAAUUUUAGCAAUGGCACAGAUAAUUCCAAUGCAUUUUAUAAACUAAGCAGUUGUAAUGCUCAAUAUGACCAACCGACAUUUGCUUCCAAAGCAAGACAAGUUCAACCAAGAGAUAAAAAAAUAACUGUUCAAAUUUCCAAGCCAACAAUUAACCAUAAACAUUGCAAACAUGUAAAUGAUAGUUUUCCAGAAGAAAGGAAAAACCCAUUGCCCAUUAAACUAGUGUCAAGUACAGAAGAAUCUGUUAAAACUGUACCAUUUAAUAGUGAGACAUCUAUUAAACCUCUGGAUGGAAAGAAUGUUAUUAGAUCAAAAGAAUGUAAGUAA